CGGUACUAAUACUAGACAAUAAUACUAGACAUUGGUACCAGUUGCAACAGCAGUCGGUACUUUUGGCAUGUACCAAGCGCCGAAAAGUUACGCCGCGUCAGAAACCGGUAUCAAUUGAAUAUCAAAAACACCGGUUAAAACCAUGAGCCAGUUCCAAUUAGCCCAUGCAUUAAUGGCACCGGGUAAUGGCACGACCCGGUGCCUUUGAAGCAAACAUCGACACCGGGUCAUACCACAACACGGGGCCAAUGAAGGUGAUAGGCCUUAGGUACCGGUUCAAACAACCACCCGGUGCCUUUGGAGCAGUCAUCGCGAUAUUAUUAAGUCCCUGGCCGUCGGCACCUGAGCUCUCAUCUCUCUGCCCCUCAUUUCUCUACCUCUCUCAUCUCUCUCUACCUUAUCCUCGGCGUGGGGACGCAGCGCCCGCUCCAGCGGCGAAGGCGGCGGCGCGGGCGCGGACGCGGACGCGGGGGCUCAGCCUGGGAAGCAGCUGCCGCCGCCGCGCGCCGCGCAGGGCCUCAAGCCGAUCAAGCAGGCUCCGGCGCCGCGGCGCAGGGGCGUCAGCCUGGGGCCUUUGGAGAUCCACUACGGCGUCUGCAUCAAGCCUGGGGCCGCGGCGACGGCGCGGGUCAAGCCGUCCCAGCGAAACCGUGGCCAUCCAACAACGCCAGGCAGCCACUGGAUGCCAAGCAAGGGGCCGCACCAAGCAGAGCCAAGGCGAGGAGCGGGAGUAUGAGCCCGGCGAGGCCAAGGCGGAGACGGUGAGCAAGGUGAUGGACAUCGUGAAGCAGCAGCUGGCGCUGGGCGCGGACGCGGCGGCGGCGCUGACGCCCGAGUCCAAGUUCACGGACCUCGGCGCCGACUCGCUGGACACCGUGGAGAUCGUCAUGGCGCUCGAGGAGGAGUUCAAGAUCACCGUCGAGGAGGACAACCCCCAGAACAUCACCACCAUCCAGGAUGCAGCAGACCUCAUCGAUAAGCUCGUCGGCUGAUUCGAUCAUUUUAUUUUUACUUUUUCAUUAGAAGAAUGAAUGAAUGUUGUUGCCAGCAGGACUGAUUUUCUUCUUGUUCCUUUGCUCCUUUCCAGCCUAGCGUACGUCUUUUCUCUCUCCUUUGGACACAUUGCAUGCAGUGGCGUAGACAGGGGGGGCCAGGGGCCUGACCCCACGGUUACUACA